UCAAAGCUACUGCAGGUGAUACCCAUCUUGGUGGUGAAGACUUUGAUAAUCGUCUUGUUAAUCACUUUGUCCAAGAAUUUAAGCGAAAAUUCAGGAAAGAUCUUACUUCAAAUGCUCGAGCUUUACAUCGUCUACGAACUGCCUGCGAACGUGCAAAAUGUACUUUAUCAGCAUCAGUUCAAACUUUAAUCGAAAUCGAUUCACUUUUCGAGGGUAUCGACUUUUACACCUCCUUAACUCGUGCUCGAUUUGAGGAACUAAAUCAAGAUUUGUUCCAAUCAACCAUGGAACCAGUUGAGAAAGUUCUCCGAGAUGCUAAAAUUGAUAAAUCUCAAAUUCAUGAAAUUGUUUUAGUUGGUGGUUCUACUCGUAUUCCCAAAAUACAAGAAAUAGUAUCAGAAUUCUUUAAUGGCAAGGAGCCCAACAAAUCCGUUAACCCUGAUGAAGCCGUCGCUUAUGGUGCAGCUGUACAAGCUGCAAUCUUGUCUGGUAAUACAUCAGAAGGCAUUGAUGACUUGAUGUUACUUGAUGUUGCACCACUUUCUCUUGGUAUUGAAACCGCAGGAGGUGUUAUGGUGCCACUUAUUAAACGAAACACCACAAUUCCCACCAAGAAAUCUGAAAUUUUCUCCACAUCCUCUGAUAAUCAACCAUCUUUACUUAUCCAAGUAUAUGAAGGUGAACGUGCUCGUACAAAGGAUAAUUACUUACUUGGUAAAAUCGAAUUGACCGAUAUUCCGCCUGCACCUCGGGGUGUACCUCAAAUCGAAGUCUCUGCUGUAGAUAAGACAACUGGACGAGCUAAUAAGAUCACCAUUGUUAAUGACAAAGGUCGAUUGUCUAAAGAAGAACUCAAACGCAUGAUUGCGGAUGCCGAGAAAUAUCGUGCAGAGGAUGAAAAGGUUGCUCAAAGUAUACAAGCACGUAAUG